CGCCUUUUUUUCGCAGUCGAUGUUUACUUCUUGCAAUUACAACUGUAAACGAAUAAUCUGAGAUGUAAAUAAAUUAGUGUUUAUUACAAUAACAGCGAAAUAAAAUGCUUCUUAUAUUUGAAGAUGCUCACAAGGAACAUUUAUCUUUUUUAACAGAUUUAGACAUUGAAGUUCUAAAAGAGUUUGGACGCAUUUCUCUGAACUUUAUUCGCAAGGGAGCUAACCCUAAAAUAUUCCAGGGUGCUGCACAAAAGCUAGGGGUUCCAGUGGAAACAGUGCAACAUGGAGUUGAGGGUCUUAUCUACCUGUUAACAGAAAGUGCUAAACAUAUGUUGAGUGAAAUAGACUUCCAAGACUCCAUAAUGACCCUGGGCUUUGGGGAAGAAAUCAAAGCUGCCUUGCUCAGCCUGUAUCUGGAAAACUACAAGGAGAUUCGAGAGAUUUUAGAUGAGAUGAGUUUGGAUGUGGCACACUACAGAAACCUUGAGUGGAGAUUUGAUGUGCAGCUUGCAAGUAGAUCACUACGACAUCAGGUGACACCAUCUAUUCUGAUGAAGCUUCAGACAGAAGAGGCUGGAAAGAGAAAAUCCACCAUGUUGCAAACUGAUCCAGUCAAUUUAUUACAUAUGGUCCGGGUAUUAGAAGAUGCUUUGCAAGAAAUGAAGUCAGGAUAUUGUCGGAGAAUUACACGAAAUAUUAAAUAAUGACAUCAUUUUUGUUUGUUUUAAAAUUUUCUUUCAUGCUGUUACACAGAAUUUGGAUGAUUCAUUUACAUUGUAUGCAUGAUUUGUUUUCAAUUUUACCUUGAUUAAUAAGGAGAUUACUAAAAGGCUAAUGCUUUAUUUAAGUUGUGUAUAUCAGGAUGUAGUGAAAUAAAAUCUAAUACACCAGACAUUUUGGAAAUGUUUUUGAAAGAUUUAUUAUACUCUAGUUCUAAUGUGUAGUAUAUUGUAAGGGGAUUAUGGUAAAAGUUGGCUUUUAAUUUUACAGUAUUGUGAAUUUACACUACAGUAACAUUAAAAUGUUGCCAGUUGUCAAAGUAUAACUGUACUUCUUGUCUUUUGUAUUUCAACUGUAUUGUGGAGUUCAGUAAAUAAAUAGCACAUGUC